AUGUUGUAUCACCAGUGUCAGAAUGUGUUUAUGAAUUACAUUUCGCCGUCGCUGCAGGUGGUGUUGUGCGCAUGCGCGCUGCUAGGCGCGGCCAGUGCGGGCUACCUGGGCUCCCCGGCCGUCUCCUACUCGGCGGCUCCCGCCCUGCGAGGCGGCCUUCCUUACAACGCCGGACUGGGAGUCGCUGGCUACGCUGGAGUCGCCCCUGGUUACGCAGGAGUAGCCCCCGGCUACAAUGGUCUGGGUGCGGCACGUUAUGCUGGUCUCGGUGCAGCACGUUACGCCGGUGGUCUGGGCCGCCUGGCCGGUGGGCUGCCCGCCGAGCUGGCUGACCCGUACUACGACCCCAACCCGCAGUACAGCUUCAGCUACAGCGUCAGCGACGCCCUGACCGGCGACGCCAAGCAGCAGCAGGAGAGCCGCAGCGGCGACGUGGUGGAGGGCAGCUACAGCCUGGUCGAGCCCGACGGCAGCGUCCGCACUGUGGACUACACGGCCGCCCCCGGCGUCGGGUUCAACGCUGUGGUCUCCAAGAGCGCCGCCCCUGCCGGAUCACCUGCUGCUGCAGCUGCAGCCACUGCGGCCGCAGCUGCCGCCGCCUCCGCCAGGGCUGCUCUCGCAGCUGGCAGAGUGCCCGGUGCUGGUGGAUACCCACUGUCGCCAGCGGCCGCUGCUGGAAUCUACGGAGCGCCCCUGAAGACCGCGCAUGCUGCCCUCGCCACACCACACGCAAAGGUCCACUACUAGACGCGUUCUGACUCUCGCCUCCUGUAAAUAGCUACAAACGUGUAGCAAAAGCAAAUGAAAAAUGUAAAUAAACGGCUAGUUUUCAUUAAA